GAUACUGCUUAUCGAGAGCUUUCGAAUGAUAGGAAUCAUUCGAAUUGGACCAAAUUAGCCGAUCAAAGGCGCGGCGCUCUAGUGACCUCAAAAAAUAUCUAGACUCAAAUCGACUUGAGGAACGAGACUAAGCUUUUAAAAAGAGUAAAUAUAGAAAGAGGGGAAACAUUUUCGGCCGGCCGAGUAUAAAAAUUCAAGGGUCACUUUAUCUAUCCAAUGCUCACUUGCUUGUGUUUAUCUUGGAACUGGCUGAAAUGAGAAGCAACAGUUCUGGUACUGUUCGUAUAGCUGAAGUUGAUGAAGCGAAUCUUCUGCAUUGGGUUCUGCUCCUCUAUCCUGAUCGUGAGCCUUACAACCGUGGAGCCUUUCGUGUCACCGUGGACUUUCCAACCGAAUAUCCUUUCAAGCCUCCACGUGUUACGUUUGUGACUAAGAUAUAUCACCCUAAUGUUGAUGACAAAGGCCAGGUUUGUUUGGGCAUCAUUCAAGCUGAGAACUGGAAGCCGGCUACACGAACGGAGCAAGGUUUUUAAUUUUUGAAAAUGGGUUAUCUCCAAGUCUAGAGAAUAAUCUGAAGUAAUUUUUGGUAAUAGUGUCGUUUCCAGGCCCCAUUUUUUCUC